AUCGCACGCUCGCAAGUGAAUGUACGUCUACUCCCUGGCCUGUUCCGACAUAUCACAUGUCAUGUUACUGACGAUAACUAGAUUCCAGUCCUUGAAACCCCAUACUCCAGAUUCCCCAAUACCGACCACUCUACUGUCGAGCUCGAACGCCAGAGCGCUAUCAACAUUAUCGCUCAGCGCCAGCAGCAAUUGGAUACAGUUCUGCACGAGCUCUCGGGCCUGGAGGCCGUGAUAGAUAGCGUUGUCAGCAUCAUCGCUGAGCGCCGGCAGCAGUCGGAUGUGGUUCUGGACGAGAUCUCGGAUCUGGAGGCCGGGAUGGACAGCGUCAAAAAUCAUCAUCAGCAAGUCGUCGAAAGGAAGGAGAAGAUUAUGCAGUCGAUGAAUUUGCACAAGGGACUCCUAUCGGCUCUCUGGCGCCUGCCAACGGAAAUCCUAUCCCAAAUAUUCAACCACUGUCUCCCUGAAACCAUAUUUUUGCUAUCCCCAUUGAGCCACCGAGUUGAGGCCCCCAUACUGUUGACAAGAAUAUGCCAACGAUGGAAGGACGUUGCUGUGGGUACACCCGAUUUAUGGUGCAGGUUGUAUGUGGAAGCCGACGACGAAGGUUGGGAGCAGGCAGCUUUCUGCUAUGACUUGUGGCUCAAGCGUUCACGAGGACGUCCGCUCUCGUUAGAACUUGGGUACCACUACCCGACCAAACUACGAGGUCUUCUUCAGCCUCAUAUGAGGCGUAUAAAAUUUCUCCGAGUCGAUGUCGAGUACUUCCGGGAUAGACACCCUCAUCUGUUUGCUACUGACCUCCCAGCACUUCAGGAGCUAACCAUAAAUGGAAUGGUAAAUCAUGAUAUUCCACCUAUUGCACAAUUUAUCUCGCGACUGCCGUCCACUAUGCGCAGUCUCAAGUUGAACAUAAUUCCGUGUUUCCGCAUCGAGCACUUGUCUUCUUUAGGCUCCGUGUGGGCUUACUUGACGGAUGUCCAGAUCGCCGUAUGUAACCCGAACGCAUUCCUCCAUUUGCUUCAACUAUGUCCCAACCUCUCUUCCUUAAAUGUCCCCAUAUCAUCCGACCGAAAGGAACCCAUGGAAUCAUUCACGCACACAAAAUUACAAUCCUUAUGCAUCAUCCUUCAUGACAGUCCUCUGCUCACGCGCCCUUUAUCUGACCUGUUCAAUGCUGUAUCACUCCCCAAUUUGCGCGCGCUUGAAGUUAGCCGCACUAGCCCCCAUGGUUCUUCUUGGCCUCAUGAGGAUAUGCAGGCAUUAUUGGCACGGUCAAAGUGUCCCCUGGAGACCCUGACUAUCGGUGGUCGAUCAACGAUAACAGAUGCGCAGCGAGCGGAAUACGUUUCGCUCAUUCCUUCCCUUGAAGCAGUGAAUUACGCUCAUACAUACUUUUGAUAAUCCUGGGUAUCUACAUAUAUGAUUCAAACGCCGAUCAGUACUCAAUAUUCAAUAGUUGGAGACAUCCGAGUCGUACCCAUCGCACUGCGGAGAUAUACAUCAAUUCACCUUUGUCACUUUGCACUUAGUAUCCCGCAAUCACGUGCAAGUGUACUAAUGUGUCGCUCUUGAAGUCUUUGUUUACACCACCU